UUUCCCAGUAAAAAACGACAAAGACGACGUCGUUUCGCCGGUUGAGUCUCGUCCCCUCUCUCAGUCAUCCGAAUCCUCUCUUCUGAACUCAACUCAGGCUCACAGCUCUCACUUAGAGCAAAGCUUCCAUCUUCUCUCUCUCUCUCUCUCAAUUCCCAGAGAAAAACAAAACAGAAGAAAUGAACAUAAGCGUAGCUUGUAGCAUGAGAGCCUCUUUGGUUUCAUUUUCACCAAUCAUAACUACAACUGCCUCCUUCCACUUGAGGAGGGCACCUUCUCUCUCAGUGGGCGAGCCUUCUUUCUCAUUCUGGGGAUACCCUUUUCCACAUAUAGUCCCAGACAACUCCCAUGUUCUCCAUUCCCGCAAAAAACGUUCGGAGCCCCAGCAACCAGUCCUCAGCCCAACUAUCGUUGAUGAAGUUUCACUAGACGAUGAAGAAGACCUUCUCUUUGACGACCUCGAAAAUGAAGACAUCAUAGAUGAUGAUGAGGAUUAUGGUGAAGAUGAGUAUGCGUCGGAUGAUGCUGAGACCUAUGUUGGAGAUGGAGGUGCAGGGGGUGGAAUUUCUCUGGCAGGGACAUGGUGGGACAAAAAGGCAUUAGAGAUUGCUGAAGAAGUUUCUCUUUCUUUUGAUGGUGAACUGAAAAUAUAUGCCUUCAAGACAUUGUUGAAUUCCACCAUUCAAGUGCGCAUCGAGACACUUGCAAAUAAAUCUGGUUCCCCCACCAUGGAAGACAUAGAAGCUUUUACCACAACAUAUCGGGCACGGUUAGAUGAAGCAGAGCUGGCUAAAUCUGUUCCUGAGAAUGUGUCGUUAGAGGUGUCAUCACCAGGUGUCGAAAGGGUAGUUCGGAUUCCACAAGACCUUGACCGGUUCAAAGAUCGAGUUAUGUACGUAAAAUAUGCGAGUGAGACAGCCACUGCUGGUUCAUCCUCAGAAAGUGAUGGUGUUUUUAGGCUUGUUUCGUUUGAUAUGGAGAUAAAGUAUUGCACUUGGGGGAUAGCAGACGUGAGAAUAAAUAGAGAGAAAUCAGGUAAAGGAAGACCUCUCAAUAAAAAACAAAGAGAGUGGCGUUUGGAGACACCCUUUGAUUCCCUGAGUUUGGUCCGGUUGUAUUCUGAAUUUUGACCAUUUCAACUUUGUAGACAUUAUUUCACAUCCCAACAAAAUUAAGAUAUAGCAGAGAGUGUAGAUUAAAAGGAAAACUCAAAGCAGUACUACAAGGGGCGAUUUUGGCUAGUAAGACUGGGGUAUAGUAUAGUUCAAUUGUUUCGGAAUCAGAUUGCCUUAAUGCAGUCAACCAUCUCAAGAAUAAAGUUUCGGAUGCCUCCUACUAUAGUGUGGUAGCUCGUGAUAUUCAUGCUAAAUGAAAUGAUUUUGUCAAUGUCAGUUACAGUCAUUGCUCAAGGGAAGCCGAUGAAGUGGCUCACUCUAUUGCAAAAUUAGCUCUCUCUUAGGACUCUGAACUUAUUUAGUUGUUGGCUGAUGUUUAGCCUUGUUAAUGAUAAUAUUUCCUUUAAAAAAAAGGCAAAUAUAUUUAUACAAAAUGUCAUGUUUUUCCAUGGCUUUCCAUUUUUGACUGUGUAAUUUGUAAAGGAAAUAUAUAAUGUCAUAUUUAUUGUGUAAA